CACUAGGCUGAUAUUGCUCCACUGUGCUGCCACCCUCUACCUAAAAUUACAGCCGUCUCGGUAGCGCUCGGGCGCGUCGCGACGCGCUUUUACGAAUAGAGUGCAGCCGCGCCGGGCGUCAAUCUCACUUUUCCAUGCAUGAGAGUUUGAUGCUUUCAGCCGCUGAGCAGGCAUCUGAGCAGGAUCAUUUGCAUUAUGAGCUCGGAUCAAGAAAGGAACAGGCAGCGUGUGAAACAGCUUCUGGGGAAACCUGGCAAUGGAAACUGUGCCGACUGCGGGGCUGCAGAUCCGGAGUGGGCGUCCUACACCCUGGGUGUGUUUGUGUGUCAAAGCUGCUCAGGCCUCCAUAGAAACAUUGCUCAGAUCAGCAAGGUGAAGUCCAUCCUGCUGGAUCCCUGGAGCUCCUCUGAGGUGGAGUUUAUGGACUCUGUGGGUAACGAUGCUACCAAGGCCAAAUAUGAACAGAUAGUUCCUGCCUUCUACUACUGUCCCACACACAGAGACUGCACGCUCCUGCGGGAACAAUGGAUCCGAGCCAAGUACGAGAGGAGGGAGUUCAUGUGUGUGGAGAAGCAGGAGCCUUACUCUGCAGGUUACAGAGAGGGGUUUCUAUGGAAACGAGGCAGAGACAACGGACAGUACCUCAGCCGAAAAUUUAUUCUGUCCGAACGGGAAGGCGUUUUGAAGUACUUCAACAAGCACGAUGCCAGAGAGCCCAAAGCGAUAAUGAAGAUCAACACUGUCAAUGCCACUUUCCAGCCAACUAAAAUCGGCACGGCCCACGGCCUGCAGAUAACCUAUUUGAAGGACAACAGCACUAGGAACAUCUUUGUUUACCAUGAGGAUGGAAAGGAAAUGGUGGACUGGUUCAACGCCAUCCGAGCAGCCAGGUUUCACUACCUGCAGGUGGCUUUUCCCGGAGCUCCUAACUCUGAUUUGUUGCCACAGCUAACCAGGAACUACAUCAAGGAGGGUUACAUGGAGAAAACUGGUCCAAAGCACACAGAGGGCUUCAAGAAGAGAUGGUUCACGAUGGAUGACAGGAGGCUCAUGUACUUCAAAGAUCCACUGGACGCCUAUGCACGAGGCGAGGUGUUCAUUGGUAGUAAGGAUAACGGCUACACUGUACUUCCCGGCCUCCCACCGAACAUUCAGGGCUACCACUGGCAGUUUGGAAUUACCAUAGUGACCCCAGACAGGAAAUUUCUAUUUGCAUGCGAGACCGAAGAAAAUCAGAAAGACUGGAUGGCCGCAUUUCAGACUGUUCUCAACAGACCAAUGCUGCCUCAGGAGUAUGCAGUGGAGGCCUAUUUCAAGCACAAACCUUGACUAUCGUAGUGUUUGAAGAACUGUUGGUGCUGGAGGAGCAGCAGUAAGUGGAACUGGAGGAAGAGAAGAACCUGAGAUAUGCACUUGAGAUCUUAUAGUGGGAGCCUUUAUAAAAACUUAAGAGUGACAGAAAAAAAAGGACAUAAAGGUGAGACAGCUUUGCCCACAGUUAGCAUUCCCACAGCGACUCAUUUACUCCACCUGCUAUCCUGCUCCACCCGACCUACAUUAUGUGCCAGACCCAUUUCGUAGGGAGUCCGAAUCACUCCUGAGCUCAUGAAUGUUAGCCUAACUCACUUAUCUGUUAUGUGAUUUACAUACUUGAAAGCGGUCAGUCAUCCUGACCUGAAUGUGCAGAAGUUAUGUGCGUGACUUGUUGGUCGGAAUCACACUUGUGCUGCUCAGAUGUCAAAAUCUGUGUUUUCGUUGUUCUCAGUAAUAUAGUAUUAUAUCAAUACUUAAAUUACCCAGAUGUUUAAUACAACUGGAUUAACCUUGCUUUUCACCUAAGUGUACAAACUACGCCUUUCUGGCCACUUAUGUGCACCCUUAAACAAACAUUGUCUGACACAGGACUGUAACACAUCAGUCAGAAGGAAUCAUAUAGACAUGGUCUGCAGAUAUUCACACACAUACAUUUCCAUGUGUGACUACAAUAUUUAAUUCUCAAUGUAUUUAUUUUUUAACUGUCUAAUUUGCUGUACACUGCAAUAUUCUAGUACCAAGCAGUGCAGGUAUAAGCUAGUUUUGCUUUUUUUUAUACAUAUUUAAGCAGCAAUGUAAAACGCUUUGGCUGAUGUUUAUGGUUAAGAAUUGGCUUUCCUUUUUUUUUUGAUUUUGCAAAACUGCAUACAAAUUUAGCAUUUAUUUUAAUGUGGUGUUAUUUAUCCAGCAGAGGGAGACAAAGGAGAGGUUUUAAAACUGAGCCUCACAAAACACACACACACACACACACUCCAGGGGCUCAUUGACCUCACCAAACCAGUGACUGCAGGUGUGCACAUGAAAUCAUUUGUGUCCGUGCUGAAGAGAAAGGCAUGAAGACGAGUUUGAGCAGUAUUGCCACAGGGCAGUGAUGCCUUUCUUCAAACUUAUUCAAGUGAACCACAUGAGCUCAACCAUGAAACCUCCACACACACACACACACACACACGCUCUGUUACCGCUUUGAGUCUGAACACACUGUGGACUAAGUGAAUCUGAAUUACGGUCACUAUUAAAAGGGUAAAAGCCACAUUACCUUCUGUUUUUAUUGUAGUUGACUCUCAGUUACAAGAAAGAAGUUGCACAUUGAAAGGUAGUAAGACCCAAAAUCAGUACAUUACUCUGAACAUCAAGGUUGGAAAAAACAUACAGGAAAUACUGUACAGACAUAAUCAGUUUGUAUGACUAAGAUGAAAUCUACCAAAGCAACAGUCAUACAAAAAAGGCAUAAGCUUCUUUUAUGAAGAACAGGUUAAAUACUGUUAAUAGAUUAUAAGAAAUGUACUGGUCAGUCUUUUUAAGAAAACAUGGCACUAUAUACCCCAUUUAUAUAUUAAUGAAUGGGAAAUAAAACAAAAACCAUGAAAUAAAGCAGCCUACUAAUGUUUGCACAUUUGACGACAAAAAA